GAAGUGUAUAGUCAUCAUACGCGAUCUUCUUACAGAACUACAUUGCAUUCAGUGUAUAUUUAUCAUUGUUGUACAGAACACAGUCCGUGUUUAUUUUAUAGACUUGCAGUGUUAGAAUGUGUGUCAUUUAAACAAAGAGAAUUACGUCUUUCCUUCUGUGUUCUCUGUCGUGAGGUUUCACAAUGUCGGGCAGUUUUUAUUUUGUUAUGGUGGGUCAUCAUGACAACCCGGUGUUCGAGAUGGAGUUUCUUCCUUCUGGAAAGGGAGAAUCAAAGGAUGACCACAGACAUCUGAAUCAGUUCAUCGCUCAUGCUGCUCUGGAUCUGGUGGAUGAGAACAUGUGGUCAUCCAACAACAUGUAUCUGAAGACUGUGGACAAGUUUAAUGAAUGGUUUGUGUCUGCAUUCGUCACUGCUGGUCAUAUGAGAUUUAUAAUGCUGCAUGAUGUCCGGCAAGAGGACGGAAUCAAGAACUUCUUUAAUGAUGUUUAUGAGCUGUACAUCAAGUUUGCAAUGAAUCCCUUCUAUGAAGUCAACGCACCGAUUCGCUCCACAGCGCUGGACAGGAAAGUGCAGUUUCUCGGAAAGAAACAUCUGCUCAGUUAAUUACUUUCAUGUGAUAAUUGUGAUAUGUACAUUUUUCUUUGAUUCUAACUAUACACAUGUGUUGUUUAUAAUGUGUUUAUGCAUCUCUCUAUUUCAAUCUCACUCAUAUUCCAGUUCCACAUUUACAGUAUCAGCUGAUGUAAAGCUCAGGAUCUGUGAAAUAAAGCAAAGUUCUGAAGUCUGA